ACCUCGUGUUAGGAUCGUGAAUUGACUGUCGUAAACCGACCGUCAUGUUUCCCGGUACUCACCAGGUAUUUCCCUCCACAGGCGUAGUUUGCCCUUACGUCAGCGACGGUACGUGAAGUGUGUGUGUCGAAUCGGCGUGAGAAAACCCACACGUCGGUGUGCAACAUCCUCGUCGAACUUUCGAGAUUUUUGAGCUUCGGAUCGCGGAAGAACGGACAUGAAGGACGUGGGUCCCCGCGUUAGCUCGUGAUUAGAGUUUCGAUCGAGCAAGGUGCGACGAAAUUCCUCGCUCAAUUCGCGACGUGACGUUUCAGUGCAUGACGGUUGAUUAAUUUUGGUUAUUGUGAUUUGCCGAUUACUCGAGUCGAAGAAAAUUUUCCUCAACUGAUGGCCAACAUUGGUCCCUCGGGGAAGUUUCUAAAUUCAGAAGCCAAGGAACGACAGUGCGACGGACAACGAAAGUCGGGGACAACUCUGGCCGCGGCUGUCAUUGAACGCAUUAUCGCGAUUUCUCGCACGAUUGUUUUCGCAAGGGAAUAACAGAGGAGCAAGAGGAGGAGACGAGGAAGGAGGCUCGCUUGAAAAGAGUUCUGAAAGAAACCUUUGUUCCCUUCUCUCCCCCCUGCACUUCAAGUCUUCAAGUUACGUUAUUUCGGCUGAAUCUUUCUUUACAUGUUUGUCACUGUCUCAAGCCGCGUCAUUUAACACGUGUUUAAACAUAUUAAAUUAUAAUUUGCACGCUUAGGGCUGAUUUUUCCAACUUCUUGGUAUAAGCUAACUAAUAAUUAAAUCACAUGUCUGUUUUUGUUUGAUUUGAUGGUGGAUCAAAGACAAAUUUAUCUCUUAGCCAGGCUAAGUUACCAAGAGAUUGAAAAAAUUGGCUGUUGAAUGUGUCAAGUGACGUGACUUGAGGCGGAAAGAAACGUGUGCAAAGAGCUUUGGUCAAAUCGCACGUUCAUGCGUUCAAAACCAACAUACAUGGAUUUACAGUGUGACGAGUUCAAUGACGUGGGUGCAUCUGCGUCGAGAUAGGUACGCAAUAUCACCAUAGUAUUACUAAUUUGCGCAUUACAAAAGAGAGGUAAUUAAAGUUUCUAAGUACGGCGACGUCGUAAUUAGUUUCCAAGUACUCGGAAUAUUGCCUCGAGUUGGGUAAUCGUGGGUCCGACUCGGCUUAAGAACACGAAGCGACGUGGCAGCGGCGGCGCAAGUUGGAAAAUUCAAUUUCUCGUAUGCGCGCGCACGCGCGCCCGCAAUUUUCGGCGCGAUCUCUCGCUCGAGAUCUCGUAACGCGCGCUCCUCUUGUGCAGUCGCCGCUUGCCGAAUUUUCGCACUCGCGCGACGUGUAAUUAAUGCAGAGCAAAUCGAGCAGCUAACAGCUGCGUCGAUGGAACGAGUCUCAGCUGCACGGAGAUCGCACAGAGACGGUACAGAGACUUCGUCCUCGGGAAUUAUUCUCGCGAUAUCGAACAGCGGAAAAGAGCGGCGGCAAACGCGCGUCCUAUGAAACUCCACACUCAUGGGGCGACAUCCGAGUCUAAGCGUGAUACGUCGCGCUGCAAGCGCGACCGUAGACGAGAAAAAUCGUGAACAGUCGUCGAUUCGCGAAUCCAGGAGAGAAAACAAUCAGAGGGCAGGUAGGAGAGUAUCGCAGAGAAAGAGAGAGAAAGAGAGAGAGCGAGGGUGGACCAGCGUCAACGAGUGGGGGCGAUCUAGCCGAAGAGGGCGAGGUGGGGAUACAGGAGGGCGCUAAUGCGGCUUGGGGUAUAUAUGCUCGAUGCGAGUGAGAGUACGCUACAGUUCACCAGGAGACAAAAGCGACGAGGGAGACAGAAGGAAAGACAGAGAAGAGGAGAGAGGGAGAGAGGAACAGGAUCAGGGUAUCACACGAGAUCGAGCAUCGAGUCCAAUAGAUAUUAGUGAGAAGACUCUAUUUCUGCAGUCUGAAGAUUAAACCAGUGAAAGAGAGGAAAGAAGCUGAUCGGCCUUAGGAGAACGCGACGCGAACAAGUGUGUGACGAUCGGUGUCGUUGAAUCGUUAUACGCGCUCUACCAGCCGCGUCAGACUUGUCGCUGUCGUUACUUCCUUUCGCUUGUAAUCUCGAGUCGACCUGAGUGCGCGCACAACGAUGAAACUGUCGAUCAGCGCGGCAAUAUUGUGCGUUCUGCUCGUCGUGCUGCUGCCGGGAGCGUCGUACGCCAGGCCUGCUGACUGGCUUCUUAGCCGGCAGAAACGCCUGUCCGACCAGAGGCUCGCCGAGCUCGAGACGCUGCUGGCGUUGCAGAGACUGAAGGGCAUCGUCGUCCCUGUGGGAUACGGAAAGGUCGACCCGGCUCUCUUAGGCCGCCGGCGAAGAUCCAUCCCGGAGGACGAUCUCCGAGAGCUGCAGCGUCUGCUACUGAUCGUCAGUCAGAACGCGGAGUCGACCGCGGAGCAGUCCGAUCAAUUUCGCCCCUUGCCAUGGAAGGAGGAUCUGCAGGAGGCGCAGAGGGACUAUCAGUUGAUUUAAUUCAGAAGCUCGACGUCGCUCGAGAAUGAGGCGAAAGUCAGGAAAGUGGAAUGUAGGGAGGACGAAGAGGGAAAGACGGAGGGGGAGAAAACGGCAGAAGAAACAGGAAGUAAACAAUUAGAGAAGACACACGUACGCAUAUAAAACACAUAAACAUACACACAUACACACACAUACGCACGCACACAUUUAAUUGAUCUCUCACCGGUGAUCAGUCGACAACGCGCUACCUUCGGACCAGCCUCCGUCCGAGCUUCAACUACUUUACGAACUUACGACUUUAAGGAAAUAAGUAAUUAACUCCGAAUAGAAAAUGAACUUUGCGCGCGUUUUGCGAAAAAGCGAAGAGCUGACCAGCGGGAAGGAGCGGGAGUGCAUCGGCGAGUCGUCGUGUACAGAACGACGCGUUUCCUGCUGGAUCGUAUCGAUCAGACUUCUGAGUUCGUCAUCGCGAGCAUAAUCGACUGCUUAAACGAGAACAGUAUUUCGAAACCGUGAGUCGUCCCUAGUAUUCGUGGAUAGCGUUGUUCCCGCGGCGGCGUUAGGUGUUUCUCUUAGAAUAGCUGCAAUCUCUGCAAAUACCGUUCGCGCGAUCGCGACGCCCAUUUUCGCACGCAAAGAAAAACAUGGUGAUGGCAGCUGCGUGCCGCGAGAGGAUGUCUUCUUUAAUCGUUAACCAAAAAGCUACGUGGCCAUUUGCAAAACGGUAGAGGACUUUUCAGUUUGAUCUAAUGCUCAAACACACGACGGCAGACUUCGCCGUCGCAGCUCAUCAGUCAUAUGAUCGCGCGCGAUCAUUUACCGACCAACUUCCUCGAUUAAUAACUCAAAAUUUUAUGUGGUUAUGUCCGCCAGAUAGUGGAGGAAUCCUCUGCUCACUUAGACUUAGAGUUGUAUCUGCACGCAACAGGUGAGUCAAGAAUUGUCAGAUAUCCUGCGUGCAAUCGCCAUUACCAUGUUUUCUCUUUCACCACCUUUUUUCUCUGAUAGUGCAAUCGAUCAUAAUCGGCUCGCGAUCUCGCGAGAAACGCAAAUGCGCGACGUCUCAGCCGUCGUUCCUCCGAGAGACGCGUUCCUCUCUCACGGGACGACAUUUCUGAGCGCGUCGCGACAACACUUACUUACUCGCCGCUGAUUAACCCGAAGUCUGACUUCCGCGACUAAUUUUUCCGACUAAUCUCUUAGCGCGAACGAUCGAACGGCGGACGAACGGGGCGAGCGGAGAGUCUCAUUGCGAUGCAACAUCGAGACAUGUUCACCAUUACUCAAUCUGUCCUUCUAAUGAAAUAAAUCGCCAAGCAGCACGGCUUACAAAUGGCGUCUGCGCCCGAAAGGAAAAAAAACGUGCGAAAGUAACGUCAUUCUUUAUGCUUGAGGAAAGAUUUAUUCGCGAAUUUAUACCCAGUAAGCAAAUUCAUAGCAGAAUGCGCGCAGAUUGGCAGCAAAUUUGAUCAGAAUCCCAAACCAUAAUCGUCUGUGGCCACAUCCUAUUUUUAUUCUGUCAUCAGAGUCUGCUGGCAGGCAAUGCGAGCAGAUUGACGUAGCAGAAACCGCGUUUGGUAGCAAAUCCUGUCUCGCAACAGGCUCUGCUCGAUUUCUGCCACCAAUCUGUUCGGAUUGUCUGUCAGCAACCUCUGUCACAUUUCUGGCGUCAGUUUGAUAAUAUAAUCAAAUAUAAUAAAUCCUAUGUUGGAUUUGCUGCCUUUCUGCCAUCAAAAGUUUGUAGCAAGCUUCCCUCAAAAUCUAUUUGCACAGGCUUGGCUAUCUGGGUACUUGGGUUUAUACGAUGAGAUGAUAAACGAUUUUCUUCGGCGUAAUCUCGUGGAAGUUUCUUCGAGCUCCCCGCCGCCUGUUUUGUGCCGCUUCUUUGUGGGCGACAGUUUUGCGUCACCCGCCAGUAAUGCGUCUCUGUUAGCGGAACGCGAAGUUUCAUUGCGCAUCUCUUAGGUGUAAAGGACCAAGAUUUCAAAGCGCUCCUGCGCGUUGCAUUCCGAGCACGGCCGUGUAUGUGAUUAUAGUUCUUGUUUAGCGUGUAUUACCCGCAUUGUUAAUGCGAGAGAGAGACGGGGAUUUACGUCGGAUGUCAUGAGCGAAAAUUGCCCGUCGGUCGGUGGGAUUCACCGCGAACGCGCAACCGUUCUUACCAAGAAACGGCGCGUCGACUUGAAGCCUGAUUUAUACUGUGUUCUUUAUUCUUUACUGUUUCCUUCUCUUUACUCUUAAACUUCUCUUAGUGCUCUUAUUUCUCCUUCUGAUUGAAACUUUUAGCUCACAUCUCUGCUACACGCUUUUUGUUCCCUUCUUUCUUUUUAUCUCUUUUUUACUCGAUCCUUAAUCCAGAACAAGAUAAAGAACGAAAAGCAACAAGCGCAUUGCACAGAUCAGACUUAGAUUCAAUGUGCUCUUUGCUCCCCGUUUCUUGUUCUGUGUCUUUUUCUGGCUUAAAACUUAAUCUACAAUUAAGCCAGAAAAAGACAGAGAAUAAGAAACAGGAGCAAAAAACAUACUAUAAAUCAAGACUUAAGGUUUAAGCCAGGAAAAGAGGAAGAAACAGAAAGCAAAGAACACAUUGUUGAUCAAGCUUUAAGCUUGAAGCCAGAAUAAGGUAGAGAACAAAAAACAGGAAGCAAAGAACACAUGGUAGAUCAGACUUGAGACUUAACGCGGGACUUUUUUCGUUAAGCAAGAAUGAUCCAUCUCACAAAAUUAUGUUUUUGAUUUCUUUAUUUUACUAAUAUAUGUAGUUUUAUGUAGUCCUUUCUACAUAAAACAAAAAACAUACAAGCCUUAUGGAUGCUUAAAAUCAAUUAAAAAACAAUUUUUAUUUUCUACCAGUUAAGCCAUUUUUUACUAGUUGUGUAUUUUUUACCCGUCUUUUUAAGGGUUAAACUUAUAGCUUACUUUAUAAUAUAUAUCGUUAAAGAGGAGAAAGUUGGCCAAGAACUUCAGUGUUAUUUAUUUUUUAUAAGUCAAAUUUCCAUCUUCAUUUUUCUUAAAACGCAUUUUAUGCGUGGGUUGGAUCAUUCUCGCGUAAUUACUGCCGAUUGUUCGACUCGAGUUCCACAGUAGCGAAUUGUAUUUAUUUAUUCGCCUAAGACAUAAGUGCGACGCGUAGAGAUUACUUCGGAGAGCGUUAGAGUAUUUGAUUACCGUAAAUCGGUGCCGUUAGUAUUAAUUAGGUUCCGAGCGCGAGCCUACGUUCCUCAGUACUAUUUACUACUUAGCAUCGCGUCUUUAGUGCCUAUACUGUUUAUUUAUUUAUUUAUUUAUUCGUAUAUUUAUUUAUUUAUUUAUCUAUUUAUUAUGUAUUUAAUUUAUUUAUUCCACGAGCACACGCGAUUGUGAUCUCGUGGAUCGAGCCGCGGAUCAAUCACCGUCGAGAGAUUCUCUUUCUCUCUCUAUCUCGCGCGCUCGCUGUGUGUAACGAAGCGCCGACAUUCGUGUUUGCGAAUCUAAUAAUGUAGGAUGUAGGAAUUGUUGCAUACACACCGAUCGUGUGUGCCGGAUCGUCGAAUUACAAUCUGGACAAACUGAUGUAUAUGCGAUUACGAAUGUAAUAAAAAAAAGUGGUAAACGAUUA